AUGAAGGAAUUUGGGUUUGGCCAGGUACCGGCAACACUCCCACUGACAGUCUUUGGACUGGGUUUUGGACUAGGACCGAUGACAUUGGCGCCACUUAGCGAAGCUCCUGCGGUUGGAAGGACGCCAAUUUAUGUUUGGACACUGCUUGCUUUUGUCUUACUCCAGAUUCCGGUCGCCUUGGUCUCCGCCCCUUGCUACUGGCGGCACCUCCAUUGCGGAAAAUUCACACCGCGAAAGAGAGGACUAGCUAUCGGGGUCUGGGGUGUUGCAGCUCGAUGGGCCAUAUGGGAAUUGAUGUGGAUCUCUGGACUUGCUCUCAUCAUGCUGUUCUUCUUCCUGCUAGAGAUCAACGGAAGGAAUAUCCUGUAUCGACAGGCGCAUCGACUCCGACGUCUGACAGGCAACAGCUUACUCAUGAGCGAUGGAGAGAUCGCCUACAAGCACGUCGCCGUCAGAAAGGUGGCGUAUCUCACGGUCAUCCGACCUUGGAUCCUGACGUUUACUGAACCGCUCGUAUUCCUCUUCCACACAUGGGUCGCACUGAUCUUCGGCCUCUUGUUCAUCUGGUUCACGUCGUUCCCGUUGGUGUUCGAAGGAGUCUACGGGUUUAACCCGGGCCAAACCGGAUUGUCAUUCCUCGGUCUUCUUGUCGGAGCGCUUCUCUGCAUUCCCUCAUUCGUCUGGUACGAUCGUGGAGUACAACGAAGGAUGUUUGAUGAAGGUGGCCACAUUAUGAAACCCGAGCAGCGCUUGGUUCCCGCAAUGGUUACGGCCGCCACAAUCCCCAUUGCUAUCUUCUCAGCACUAUAUCGUCGCUGUUGA